UUACCAAUUUUCACGAUAAUUCUGCUCUUAUAUAUUAUCAUUAUUUUUGGGAACAUAAUUAUUUUUGUAGUUAUUAUUGGGAAUUCUCAUUUACAUUCCCCCAUGUACAUAUUUUUGAUGAACUUAUCUGUCAUUGACAUUGCCUACACCUCAAAUAUUCUGCCCAACCUGUUAAAGAUACUACUCACUCAGCACAAGGCUAUUUUAUUUGUGGGGUGUAUGUUUCAACUGUAUUUUUUUAUUUCUCUUGCCAGUACUGAGGUCAUAUUACUUGCUGCAAUGGCAUAUGACCGCUAUGUGGCCAUUUGUCGCCCUCUUCAUUAUGUUUCUCUCAUGAGCUUAAAACUCUGUAAAGGUCUUGCAACAUCAGCCUGGGUCAUUGGCCUACUCGAUCCAACCGGACACAUUGCCCUUUUAUCUAAGCUUUCCUUCUGUGCCUCACAUGAUAUUAACCAUUUCUUUUGUGAUCUCUCACCUCUUCUUAAAAUCUCCUGCAGCAACACUGAUGAUGUUGAAAUGAUGAAUUACAUUGUGGGCACACUUCUUACUCUUGUCACUUUCAUACUUACUUUAAUAUCCUAUGUUUUAAUUAUUUCCACAAUAUUAAAGAUACAAUCUUCUCAUGGGAGACAUAAAGCGUUUUCUACCUGUACUUCUCAUCUCACUUGUAUCAGUAUAUUUUAUGGGACCAUCAUAUGUUUAUACAUGAGACCAGCAUCUAGUUAUUAUCCAGAACAAGACAAAUUUUUUGCCCUUUUAUACAUUGUCUUGGUGCCAUUAUUAAAUCCUAUAAUCUAUACUCUAAAAAAUCAUGAGUUUAAAGAUGGUAUAAAAAAAAUGCUGAAAUAA